CAUGCACCUACAAGAGUUGUUUGUUUGUUAAAAGGAAGCACCAGGCACCUGUCACACAAUCCCAGGCCUGGAUACCAAAUGGGUGGCCAGCAGCAAUUUGGAAUGGGAGGGGGCUAUGGUCAACCUGGCCAAAUGGUGCAAAGGCAGCUCAGCUUCCCCAAUUUGACACCUGGUAGAUCUUCUGAGAUCUUGGAUGAUAUGGAGGAUGAGCUUAGUGGCAGUUCCACAGGGAGAUCCAGGAGCAGAAAGAGGACUCGACAUGGUAAGAGCAAGAGGGAUGAUAGAUCCAGGAGGAGAAGGAGAAGUUCAUCCCACAAGAAGAAGAGCAGAAAAGGCCAGCCCAAGAACAGAGAUGAUGAGUCCACAGAUGCUGAGAGUGAAGUGUUGGAUUCUCGGCCAGUUCCACAAGUGGCUCUGGCAAGAACAAAGAAGAACAGAUCCAAUGUAUUCCCAAGGAGGGACCAGUUGCGCUUCCUGGGAUGGUUGGAUGCAGUCAGGUUCAGUGCUGCUGCCAGGGGCUGCCUGACAGAUGAACAGGUGGGCAUGUGCUUCUGGCUAUGUGCUGGAUUGCCCCCUUACUUGAGGCUCAAGGAUUUCAGGGCAUCCAACAGAGGUGAACUGAAGCAGAAGUUCCUGGAGGAGAAGCAGAAAUAUGUUGCCAGAGUUGGCAUGUAUCGAAUGGAUGAGGUCAAGGAGGACUUCAGCAAUUUGGAGAGUGUGGCCUUGAAAUAUGGGUGGGAUGAUGUUUACCAACACAAGCAGGUUCAUGCCCAGGCCCCAGGACUUCCCCCUGCAGAUGUGAGACCACAAUUCUGGCUUGAGACAAGCAAGACUGGUGACAGCUGGCUCUUUUGCAAGGAUGG